UCUAGUCCAAAAGAAACCGAUUUCAACGAGCGAAAACUGGACUCCUUAUGCGAGCAAUAAUCAGUGCGUUCUUUAAUUCAAUUUGUGUAUUUGAAGUAUUACUUUGUUUUAUCUAAAACCUAAAACUCCUACAAUAUUAUCUACAAACAACUGCGAAUCAGGUACAGAGAAGAAACUCAACCUCAGUAUAAAAUCCAAUUUAAAAAUGACAAUUUCCAUGUUGUUGACAAAAGUGUGAAUACAACGCUGAGUUACUUUGAAGGCCGUGUCAAUGGAUCAUGGAUACAAUUAACGUUGGGAGCUAUUUGUACACACAUUAUAAAAGUGGUCAUUUUUUCCAGUUUAUUGACUACUGUUUUAUACCUGAAUGGCGAUAUAAGUACUUUAACAGGGAACAACCUUGCAGUUAACACAACAUGUUUUCGUGGUGUUACUUCAAUAACUUCAUCUAUAAUACUUAGCGUAAAAUCUCAGUAUUUUAUGAGUUACCAAAAAGUCAAAGAAUGUACCGGCCCUAAUAUUAUAUUUAAGAUGCAGUUUAUAGUCGGUCUUAUGAUGACCGGCUUUACAACCACUGUUAUUUUUACUAAACUGUAUAGACAAAUAGUGAAAAAUACUAUUACAUUUAGUCGUAUUGCUUGUAUACAUAAGGAGGAGGAUACGUCUUUAUGGUUGACAUUCUGGCUUCUCGACAAGAAAUUAUCAAGGCUACUUGAAAAACGCGCAAUGAUGACACUUGUAGCGGAUAUGGAAAGCACAGCUGAAAAUGUUAUGCCAAUACCAGUGUGUCAAAAUCUCAAAAUCGAUAUGGGUAUUGAAAAUGACGAAUGGCCAAUAUCUAUAAAGCAUGAGAUUAACAAUUCGUCGCCAUUAUGGAAUUUAAUAAAAUUAGAUGAUAAAGAUAUUUUUAAAAAAAAAUUUGAAAUAUUCAUCUGUUUUCAAGGAAAAAAUGAACGUACUGGGACCAAAAUUAAAAUGAAAGCAGCGUACAUAGCAGAGGAAAUAAAGUACUGCCAUACUUUUUUAUAAUGGAUUUAUGAACUAUAAUGUAUACAGAUGUGAUAGAAUUUUUUACUAGCAAUUGUAAACGAGGUGGUGGUGUCCAAAAAGAUGUCCCUCCCAACUUGUCCAUGUUAAUGAUCUAAAUAUUGAACAGUUAUUUGUAUAUUUUAUUUGUAAUAAUA